CAUUGUUUAACUAACGUGAGAUUGAACCAUUUGUCGUCAGUAUCAGCAUUCCCGUCUCCCGUCGUCCAUUUUUCGUUUAAGCACCAUGGAGAACUCCUAACUGGAGCUGAGGGCGCCAGAGGGAGGAGAAGGGGCGGAGUGGUCUGGUAUUGCAGGGAAAAAGCGGAAUGCGAGUACGAUAUGGACACUGCUGGUUAGUGCAAUUUUAAAAUUCUUCAGUGCUCCUGCGCUGCGAUCAAAGCGAGGCAGACGACACUAAUACUGCGACAGGGAUCUGUGUAGGCAUCAGUAAAAAUAGAAAUUCCUGCUGCGUUCUCCGCAUGCCACGCGUAACUGGGAUCGCUCCAUACCAGCACCGCGUCGGGAGAUCCAGCUGGAUUGGCCAGAGCAACUGCCAGUCACCUUACUCCAUUCUGUCUCGGAGAGAAGAAUUAACUGCAACGCGGGCAUGCAUGUCAUCCUGUCUAAGUAUAUCUGAGUUAGGAUUUGAUCAGAGAUUGAAGACAGAUUGUCGGAACACGGCAGAUAUUUCCCUGGGACUAAUAUCCUUACAGAGGGAGGGCGAAUACUUUAACAGCAGCUGAUAAACAGAGAGAUAAGGGGAAAGUUUUGAACAACAAUGCCUGCAAAUCAACACAGGUCCAGAACUCGAGAUCGAAACAAUAUCCUCAACAGACCGGAGUUUAUGUCUCUGAACCAACCGCUCAGGACGAAUAGCGCGGAGAUGCGCGGCUCCGCAAGGCGACCGGGCCAAGCGGCGAGGCAGCAGCAGAAUCUGCAAGCCGAGCAUCCCCCCCGUGAGCCGGUCGACAGCGCCAGGGAGCGCCGGGAGUCACUGAAGCUGCCGGAGGAAGACUGCAUGCAGCUCAACCCCACCUUCAAAGGCAUAGCCAUGAACUCUCUCUUAGCGAUCGACAUCUGCCUGUCCAAGCGGCUCGGCGUCUGCGCCUACACGUCCUCCUCCUGGGGAAGCGUCCGUUCCAUAGUAACGCUUCUGGCGUUCACCGGGCACGGAAUCACGUGGAUCCUCGGGACUCUCCUCUGUCUCACUAAGAGCAACACGUUGGCGGGACAGGAGGUCCUGGUCAAUCUGCUUCUGGCUCUCAUACUGGAUGUGAUGACAGUGGCCGGGGUACAGAAGCUGGUCAAGCGCAAAGGACCAUGGGAAAUACACCCCGGUUUCCUAGACUACGUCGCCAUGGACGUGUACUCCUUCCCGGCGGCCCAUGCCAGUCGAGCCGCCAUGGUGGCCAAGUUCCUGCUCUCGCACCUGGUGCUGGCUGUGCCCCUGCGCAUCCUGCUGGUGCUGUGGGCCUUCCUGGUGGGCGUCUCCCGCGUCCUCCUCGGCCGCCACCACCUGACGGACAUGGCCUGCGGCUUCGCCCUGGGCUUCCUGCACUACAGCCUGGUGGAGAUGGUGUGGCUCUCCUCCAGCACCUGCCAGACUCUCAUUUCGAUUGGCACACUCAGCUGGAUCCCCUUUUACUGACGUCGUGCCCUUUGCCCAUCUAUCUCCGUGCCACAGGUGCUGCUCGGCUUCUGAUUCCGUCUCUUAAACUUGUACAACUUCCUGUUUCUCUCCCAUUUCCUGUUUCUCCUCCUUCCAAAUUUAAAAACAUGUAUAAUUUCUUGCUGAAAUCCACCUCUCUGGUAUAUUAACAUAUCAAAGGAAGCAAAUCUUCAUAGCCUUUCCAUAUUUUCAUUAAAAGUUCUACUUUCAUUUCCACUCUAAGGCUGGUCACUCGGCAAUUGAAUGAUCUUUGAUUUACAAAAAGCUAGAAUACCAAAACCUUAUUAGAUUUCCAAGGGUCUAAAUUAGUUAAAUGCACAGGUUUCUGCAUCUUUCUUUUCAAAAUUUGAGUUUGUAUAGUAAUUCAGGGAUUAAGCUGCAUACAGUUGUCUUACAAAGAUUAAUCACUGAUGCUACUUUUUCAUAAUAAUCAACAUCAUUGCGACCCUGUACUGGAUACACAGUUACAGAAGGUGGUUGGAUGGAAUUAUUUGAAUUGUAAAUUGUAAAAUGUCUUAAGUUUAAUAUAGCUGUUCCCCGGGAUUUUCUCAGUAAGUUGACGAUAAAACUAUGAUUAGGUGAUUUUAUUUCCAAACAAUAUGUUGGUUUUUAUGCAACAUUAUAUGUUAUGUUUUUGUUUGGUUAGAAUAAACAAUUUUUUUAAUAAUACAUAAUAAGGUCAUGUCAGAACAAAGAAAGGUUUUAUAUACAGUAGCUAAAGGAAUUCAUACUGAAUAUUAAGAUUAUGUAGCAAUCUAAACAAAUUUUGAAAAGAGUUUGAAGUAUUUGAAGAAUUUAUGCAAAGUGGUUGGUUUUUUAUGGGGUCUGGAAAUAAAGGUUUUAACCACACCUUCCCCAAAAUCCAGAAUUUGUUUAUAGAUGGCAGUGUUAGGGGGGGGGCUCACAUUGAUAAAGACUGACACCUGGCCUAUCAGGAUUAUAAACCAAACAAUCAGACUUUGAUGCUGAUUUGUUCCUCGUCUUCGUGCCUGGUUGAAAACACAGCUUGCUGUGACCUUUUGACCUUUUUCCCAGCAUGCUUUGCUUCUGUGGAGUUGUGGAAGUGUCAGGAUUUGCUGGUGAUGUUUGUAUGUUGGGUGAAUAUUUCCUGAAAAAUGGAUAAAUGCUGACGAGGUGACAAAAUUGAUAUUUUCAUCUUUAGUGCUACCGUUUUAUAUUUAUGUGAGUGCUGUUUGUUUUUAUUACAGUAUUAUUGUAAUUACUUUGUUUUGUUGCUGUGAUAUUUUGUGAAGAGACUGGUUUUUAAAGUUACCUUUUACAAACAUAAAAUUACUGUAUUUUAAAUGCUUUGUUACACUAAAUAGCAUUGCUUAUGUUUAGUAGAAAAAUCCCAAACUUAAGAUAACUGAUCUGAUUUUUGUCACACUUUUUAAGAAUGUUAUUUUGCAAAGGAGUUGGUUUUAAGGAUCUAAACCAUCCACUUUAGUGGGAUUUUCAGUUUGCUGUUGACUAUUUGCCGAAUUUCACUGGUAUUUGUGCAUGUGUGAUGGAAAAGUAACAAAGUUACACUGAGUUGCAUGUGUUUGUGUAUGAGAUUUGAUGCCCGUUUAGUUUGGAAAAGCAUCACAAUCUGACACAGGUGACAUAUGCACGAGUGUUCAGGGUUUAUUGCCGAUGCCUCAGGAAGAAAACUAUCUGCUCGAUGUGUAACCUCAAACGAUUUUACUUUACUCACUGUAAUUAAUAUUUACCGUUAAUAAUUGUUUGUAUGAAAUACUGAGAAAUUGUUUAUGGUUACAAUGUCUUAAUCCUCUUUAUCACAAUAAAUGAUGAUGAUAAAUUGA